AUGUCAUAUCCUCGAUGUCUCCCCAGUUUCCUGCAGAAUCCUCCAUCUCCAUUGGAGAAUGGCAUGAGGCCUGGGCACACUUUCUCAAACUACUUGCAGACUAUGCCUCUCCUGAGAUUCAUGAGCAAUGGGCAUGUCACCACAAGGACUUAUGUGAACACCCCGAUUUUGAAGAACACUGGCUGGCCAUCCUGGCCUUUGAUAUGGCCCAAUGGGCUUCAUAUACUGCAGAUUCGCAACCUCUCAAUGAAGCUAAGUACCAUUGCCAGUUUGAGAGCAUUAAAACUUGUGUCCUUAGAGAAGCAUGCCUCAAAGAGGUCUGCCAAGCAGUUUCAAAGUUUUACCAUUACAAACCUUACUCCCAUGACCUCAGCACACACAAACCUCCCACUGUUGACAAGUCCUUUCGGGGCUCCUCAAAGUCAGAAGGGGACUGUCUUCCCCCCAUCUGCCUCUGUUGUGGAAAACCUUGGUCAUACCUUUCCAAACUGCACUACCAGUGCCACGCUGUCAGGUUCGACACCCACACUUGAAGGUCAUCAAGAAGCAGAUCACUUGCUGUGGCCUCCCCAGACACCAAAUACUGUGUCGACUUCAACAUUUACUGCAAUGGAAAGCGAGCCUGCACCAGACACACUCACCGAGGAGGUGAAAUCCACGCAUGCUCCCUAUGUGGAUCCCAAGACCACGGUGCUUGCAGCUGAAAGUGUCUGGACAACAGAUCCUGAUUCUAUUCCCUACUCUACAUGGGACACAGUCUAUGCGUUCCAUUCUCUUUUCCGGUCAGAGAAAGAUCCGAUUGAUUGUGACGCUAACUCAAUCUGUUCUACAAUUAGUGACAGUGGUAGCUGCAUGUAA